UUAAAAAAGUGACAGAAGUGACACAUGACGCACAUGAUUUUUGUAACAUUGAAUCGAAAAUAAACAAGUUUGUUAAAAUUCAAAAAUAACAAUAAUUCAUUAAUUUGAAAUAUACUUACUAAAGAAAAGAAGAUAAAAUGACUUCAAGUGUCCGAAGGCCAAAAAUAAUAGUUUUCGAUUUAGAUUAUACUCUUUGGCCUUUUUGGGUGGAUACUCAUGUUACACCUCCUUUUAGAUAUGGAAAAGGAACCGAUGUUAUAGAUGCUCAUGGCCAAAAAAUACGUUAUUACAAAGACUCUCCAGAAAUUUUGAAAAAUUUAGUAAAAGAGGGUUAUGAAGUAGGUGUAGCAUCGCGAACCUCAGAAAUUAAAGGUGCUAAUCAAUUAUUAAACCUAUUCGGUUGGGAUAAAUAUAUCAAUUACAAAGAAAUAUAUCCUGGAUCGAAAGUUACACACUUUUCAAAAAUUAAAAAAGAUUCAGGUGUUGAUUUUAAGGAUAUGUUAUUCUUUGACGACGAGCAACGGAAUAUUGUGGAUUUAACAAAAUUAGGAGUUCUCUCGAUAUUAGUUAAGGACGGUGUGUCACAUGCAGUUAUAAAACAAGGACUAGACAAAUUUGCACAUCAAUAGUACAAUUUAAAUAUAAAUGUAGAAAAUUUUCCAUCUACUUAUUUGCAAUACUUUUAGUACAGUUUAAAUAUUUAUUUGUAUCAUAAAUGUAAAUAAUACAAUCUAUUUUUGGUAAAACAAUACUCAAGUAUUAAUGAAAAUUAAAUAGAAAACAAAAUGCAAAAUGUGGAAAUAAACAAAAAAUAUAAAUCACAAUGUUUGUGUGGUAAAAUGUCAAAAUGAAACUUAAAAUUCAUUCUUUGUUUUUGGAAAAAAAUAUUUUAAAGACUAUCCAAAAAUAGCCAUCAAGCUGCAUUUUUGUGUUCAUUCCAAGAAUGCAGUGCUUCCUCACAGGAAUCAAAGAGUCAUAUGGAUAUUAAUUAAUUAAUUAUUUAAUAAUCGAUGGGUAUUACAAAUAUUAAACUAUCAUAACUAAUAAAUUAAUAAUUUGCUUAAAAAAUGAAA